AUGACUGACCCUGAACAAGGACAUGGGCCAGAACAGGACAUCCCCGAUGAGACAUUUUCGUUUGUGACACUGGACGAAAGCCAUGGACAGCAAAGUGAGGACUCCGGCAUCGACAUUUCAAACAUAUCCAAUAGACGUGACGUACACAACAGUAUCUCCAGCGAGCGCCCAGGUGAGGGGGCUACAACUGUUCUCAGUUCAACGAUAGAGGAAAUAGGGAAGAAGGCCCAGGAUCUGAUAGAGCGAAUCAACCAGAGCCGAGCCAUGGACCAGGAAAUCAUGACCACCUUCGAGAACAAGUUAAUGAAUAAGGUGAGUGAGGUGUGCCAACAGGUGAAGGAGCAGAUGUUCAGCAGCUAUGAGGAACAUGGCCGUGGGAUGGAGGCCAAUCUGCAGGAGCUGUCUGAGGUUCUGGAGCGGUGCAGUCAGCUCAGUAUGGAGCUGCAGGGAGCCAGUCAGACCUUAUCAGCCAUUAACAACAGCCUGCAGCAGACAGCUAAGAACUGAAAUCUACCCAGCCAUUAAUUUAUUUGAACUGCCUAAUAGCAUCCCAACUUCUGGGAGGUCUGGAAUAAUUAAAGCAAUGCCUUGUUUGUUUGACUGUGGUAUAUGUCAAAUAUAACAUAAAACAGUGGUUGUAAACUGAGUGGGUGUUGGAAGCUUUUGUUUAUAAAAAUGAU